CAUUGCUGCACAGUGAUCGCCGCCGCUGUGAAGAAACAAAAUAUAAUAUUUUCUCUGAUCGAUGCUCGCGUGCGCACGUGUCUCUUUGUGACGCUCAAAAUAAUUCGAAGUGCAAUGUUGUUUUGAAGUGAAUAAUAAUAAUUAACCGACUUGAAAAAAAGGAGCAAGUUUUAUGUUCGUCUGUGGAUAUUUUAUACUAUCAAAUUAAAAUUUCAGAUCAAAUCUGAAUAGUGAUAAAAUGACCGUCUCGCAGGAUCCCGUCGUCAGCGUUGUAGAAAUCGUAAACGACAAGAAGGAGGUUCAGCAGAGCAGGUGUCUGAGUCUGAACGUGAAUAAGCACUGGGAUGCCGUGCUAGCUGAGUUCGUGUCCACGAUGCUGCUGCUGUUCCUGGGCUGCAUGUCGUGCGUGCCACUGACGGGGAUGGACGUCCAUCCGCCCAUGUUACCGCCGGUGGCAUUCGGUCUCGCCGUCCUCUUCAACAUUUCUGCAUUCGGCCACAUCUCCGGCGCGCACAUGAACCCUUCGGUGACGCUGUCGGCGAUACUGUUCGGGAGCAUGUCGAUCCCGCUCGGCGUGGCGUACGUGAUGGCGCAGGUGCUGGGCGCGAUCGCGGGCUACGGGUUGCUGGUGGUGGUGUCUCCGCUCGACCUGGCGCCGGACUCCAUUUGCGUGACGCAGCCCCACCCCGACCAGCUUUUAUACCAGGCGCUGCUGACGGAGACGAUCCUGUCCGCCGCCCUCGGGUUCAUCAACUGCGCAGUAUGGGAUCCGGCGAACGCUAGCAAGAACGAUGCAGUGCCUUUGAGGUACGGAUUCACGAUCACCGCGCUGUCGCUCGCUGGCGGCUUGCUAACCGGCACCGGCAUUAACCCUGCGAGGUCCCUGGCUCCGGCCAUCUUCACCGGCAACUGGAACGCUCACUGGGUGUACUGGGUCGGACCGUUUCUAGGCGGUGCCCUAGCACCAAUAUUCUAUAGAAUUUUUUGGCUCAAACCCAGUGAUAAGCAUACGGCGUGAAUUCCUGUUUAGUAGUUUAAGGAAAAUAAUAGCUAAUAUUGUAAUUAUUGGUAAUGUAGAGCAUAGCUUUGUUAUUUUUAUUAUUGACUGAUGAGUGAGUGACGUAAUCCAAAUGAAUUAUU